AUGGCAGGUCCAGAAGCUGAUGCCCAGUACCAGUUCACUGGCGUCAAAAACUACUUCAACUCUUACAGUCUCACAGGUAGAAUGAAUUGUGUACUGGCCACAUAUGGAGGCAUUGCUCUGACAGUCUGGUAUUUCAAGUUAAAUUCUCAAAAAACGAAGAUACCAGCUGUGAAAGCAACUCAAGUGUGUCGGGGAUCAAACCCAGGGCAUUGUGCUUGCUAG